CAAAACAUUAUUUUUAAUCGAACCGCCGAACUUAACUGAACUGAAAAUCGAAGCAAAAUGGAAAUCCGAAACGAAGUGAAACCAUCGGAUAAGGAGGUGGAAAAGAAAAAGUUUGUCGUCCGUAGUGCCGCCGACAUCCAGCGGGCUAAGCUGGAGAAACUGAUGAAAAAUCCGGACAAACCCGUCAUCAUUCCAACGUCGGCCAAGGAUCGGGACUUUUCCAACGCGAUUCCCUCGUUCGUACGCAACGUGAUGGGCUCGAGUGCGGGUGCGGGGUCUGGCGAGUUCCACGUCUAUCGGCACCUUCGGCGCAAAGAGUACGCCCGCCAGAAGCAGAUCCAGGAGAAAUCGCGCUCCGAGCAGCUGGAUGACGACUUCCAGCAAAAGCUGGAAAACAAUCGAAAGGCCGCGGAAGACCGCACGGCGAAGAAGCGCGCGAAACGGCUCAAGAAAAAGGCCAAACAGAAGGCGAACCGUGGCAAAAAACCCAAGAUUGGCACCGGCGAUGACGAAGAGCCUUCGUCCGAGGACAAUGAAAGUGACGAAAACGAAGGAGAGAGCCAAAAGUCCGAGACGGAAAGUUCCAGCAAAGUGGAAGAAGAAUCCUCCGGUGAACGGAAAGGCGCGGAUCCUGCACGAGCAGACGAUACAGACGGUUCCUCUCAACCUGAGACAGCAUCGAUACAAAAGAAGGACACUGAUACCGAUAAGCCAUCCAAAGAAGCAACUGAAACAACCGAAUAGAUACUACACACUCUCGGAUACACCCAACAGGUGUCCCGGUACAAGCAAGAUUACCACAGAAUAAGGGAAGAAACAGAGAAAAUGAGUGAAAGGGAAGGGAACGUAAAUAAUAAAACUUUAAAUAUAUUUGAACUCUCGCCGUACGCACGUUCUUCUGUUUUUCACUGUCAAUGUUAUUUUUAAUAUAUUUUGUUUUCUUCCAAACUAUAAUCCCGCAUUGGUUGUAACCUCCUUACUCUUACUGAAAGUAUAGCUUUCCUCCUCCUUUCUACUAGUAGCUAGGUAAGGACACAUGCCUUCCCCGCCCCACGCCCUCUCAUUGCAGCUUAAUCCAUUGAACAUGAAUGCUCCACCAGACUCGUACAGUACCUCUGCUUCAUCAGCUGCUACUGCUGCUACGACGCAUCAUGUGGACCACCAUUUCCAUCCCCAACGGUCACUCCGAGGGGGUUCGUUGGCUCGAGACUAUAAAUUCCGUUUACCUUCGGCAAACGAAACCAUAUCCAUUCUCUAGCCUGCUCCGGUUAAGGAAAGACUAGAGAAAACGCCAACGAAUUACACAGGGAUCCCUUUAUCUCUCUCUCUCUACUAUCUCCAACUGCCGAGUGAGUUUCGCCUGAUUGCAGCAUUGUCCAUGGGCAGCAUGCAGUGGUGGAAGAGUGGUGGUGCCUUUUGUCUGGCUGGCCUCGAGUUUGCUUUGCAUACGAAGCCACUCUCGCCUGGUCUGGUGGUGUGUGCACUCAAGGACUUUCGCUUAAUGUCCAGAAGGCUCGUGCGCCCUCUGGGACUUUGUCGCCGUUUGCUACAGUCGGUCCCCGCAAUGGCUCUGGCUGCAUAUACCGAACAACUUAUUCGUAAUGGUUACAAUAUACGCCUUUAAUGAUAGUUCGUAGUAAUGAUAGCGGUAUUAGCAUGGAUAUAGAUAAUAUUGUUGUUGUCUUGAAGCAACGAUUCGCGCGAUCAUUUGCGAUUCUUUUUUGUAUGGGGAAGAGGGGGCGCGGAGUGCGGGGAGGGGGGAUAGAGUUGCAUUGCAUUGCUCUGGCGCCCGUAGCAUUAAUAAGAAAUAGUUUAAUAAUUUAAACAGUAUGAAACAAUUGCACACGCUCACCGCACCGCGCUUACCACAUCACCACACGUGGCCACGUGGCGUGGCGGUGGAUAUAGACACAAACCUUUGUUCGUUCCAGUCCCAUCGCCCAUCCGUCCGCGUCCAGGUAUCCCCUUCACUUCGCCCGGUCUCCGGCCACGCUUAGUCCGGUUGCGUGUAUCUCCGGUGGAGAAUUGGAGGGUUGCUGUAUUCUGGUCGUGUGUUGUAUGUGUAGCUCGACGUUACAUGCGCGUGUGCUUGAAAUAUUUACAAUAUGGACUGCGCAUUGGGAGUCCCAAUGGCAAAAUGGUGUGAAGCUGCUUCCGGCAAUAAACGCGCCACAGGGCGCGAGUCAGCGAAAACAAAUCUUUCGGUAGCCUAAAUCUAAUUCUGACGAGGCAUUCUUUGAAUUAAAAGUAAAACCAAGGAACUCGCGCUGGUAGUGCAUCGUAGUUUGUGCACUACCGCGCAGUACUAUGUACAAAAACACAGCUCGUCGUAAGGCAGGUCGACGGCUCCGCGGCUUCCGGAUGCUAAGCGAUCCAUGUUACGAUUACAUUGCUGGAUGGUCCGCAUGGAUUUGCUGGUGGACUCACAGUGGUCGUCUAAGGUAUUAAAGUAAAAAAUCACAACUGAGACUAUACGCAAACGUGCGAAAAAGAAGUCGAACUGACUAUAAUGGGAUAAAAAUUAAUCAACAGAAUUUACACCAGAACAGAAGUGAAAUGAAACGCACACACACGCGGCGCACCAUUGCGUCGCUUCGUUUGGUUUCUUUGCUAAGAUCAUAAUGCAUUUGUUUGUUCAAUAUCGUUCCAAAGCAGGAGGACGCGAGACGCCGUGACGGCGCUCGGUGUAAGCAGCCAAGUCUAGUGUAUGUAUGUUUAGGUUUUACUCACUUCCACUCCGUUUCUGCCGUCUUUCUUCGAGAGUAUUUCGAGAGUUUUUUUUAUCGGUGCGCAAACACCUCCCUCGGACAGACAGCACACCUCGGAUAAGCCUAUGUACAAAUUCAAUCCAUCAAUCAAUCAAUCAACAUUUGAAGCAUUUGGUUACAGCCAGAAGGGUUUCGAACCGGACAAAUUAGCAAGCAUUAUCAUCGGUCAUCGGUCACCUGCUGGUGCAAUACACGAUGUGACCAGGAGUCCAUUUUGUGUCGCAUCAAACAACCACAUUGCAUUUUGUAAGUGAGUUUUCACAACACAACAACACCACAACACUACCCUUCCUUCUACCAACCAACUGAGACAACUGUGGGGGAAGCAUCACGGAUAUGGGGUUACGGGUUACGAGAUGGGGAACGGUCGGUGGUUGUUGGUCGACGGUUUGGUCGCUGCUCAGUUGCGCAAAGUUCGCGGUCGCGUCGAACUGAACAUUUGUGGCAUGCUCAUUUAUACACAUGGAUGUGGCAUCUGUUUCCCCCUUUUGACUGUUGCUGCUGCGAUUCUUGCUCCUUGCUGUUACUUUCCGCUACUUUGCUUUUCCCUUUCGCUCGCAUUCAUCCAUUCCAUUCCUUUCCUUCACUUUCUCGUCACUCGUUUCGUAUUCGUAUUCUCCUUUCAGCGAUUAUUGAUAAGAAUAAGGUUAAUCAUAAUAUUACUCCUCAUCAAACCCAUUGUUUAGCCCAUUAUUCGUAAGCGAUCGUGGUAAGUGGUACCCGCAGAUCUGUAAAUGUUUCGUUCAAACGUUCCUUCUUACUUCUUCUGCUGCUGAUCCAGUGUGUUUAUCAAGGAUUCUGUGUUGUUUUUGUUGACUUGUUCGUCGCCUACGAGGAGCAGUAGUAAUUGAGAAAAAAGGAUGACGGUGCUUCUGCUCCACUAAACACGUGGGAGGAGGGGAGGGCUAGAUGAAACUAGGGUCCAAUAUUGUGGUUGCAGUUGCAAGCGGCUGUAGUUGAUAGAAUCACCGUUUGCCAGACACGACCCCCGCUCGCGCUUCGUUGUUCAAUCUGGCUUCUGCUGUUUCGGGGCUGCGUGUGUACAAAUGUUUAGAUUGCUAGUAGUUUUAUUUACUCGUGUUCUUCUUCAUCACGUGUGAAUAAUCUCGCCCCUCUUUCCAUUUCUGUCUCUCUAGCCUUGCUAAAUGUGAUUUUGAAGGUUUU